AUUUAUAAACUACAAAUAAAUGCCGCCACGGAAUGCUUAUUUCAAUAUUUAUUUCAUUCUUAAUCCUAAUAGUAGAAGUACCGUGUGAUUAUAAUUACUACUAAUAAAUUCUAUCAAUGGAUAAAUCCACAUUUAAGAUAUGUAUUUACACUGUCCUCGAUAAUAAGAACAAUACAAAUUUUCACUAAACAGUAUGGAUGCGAACGUGACAUUUUGUAAUAUUACUCGGAAGUGGAAUGGCCAAAUGGUACUUAAAUAUCCCUAUCAAUAAAUACUUCUAUGGCACAAGCAUAUGUAUUGUGUUAAAUGAGAUAUGUAAAUGUAUGAGCAGUUUUUUGUUUGUUUUAAUACUCAUUUAUAAAGUAGCAAACAUGAUUUAAUUGUUUACAAUGCAAACACAAAAGAGAAUUAAAAGAACUGAUUCAUUAUUGAGUAUUCAAAAUGAAGUACCUAUCACAAUAUUGUUUCUAUAAAUUCGUAAAAUUCAGGAGGUUCGGCAAGACGUUCGAGAGCAGUGAAGACUGCUUACCCCCUUAUUGGUUGAUAUAUAUUGUUGUCCUUCUGUUAGAAGUCUUCUGAAUGCAUUACGAGACGAUAACGAUAGGAGCAAGACAUUAAAAGUGUUAUAGAAACACAAAAUUACGGGAGGAACACUGUACCUAACUUUGGUAACAAUGUAAACAAAUUUUUGUUUAAGAGAAUUCUGUAUUUAUGUAUUAUUCUAUGAUAUAUCACGUACAAAGUUACAAACGUUUAUAAUAAAAUUGUGUAAAUUUGUAUGAUAAGUCACAAUGAAGUUUACCCAAGUAUUGUAUAAACAACAUUUGGGUAGAGCAAUACGAUUAUUAUGGCAAUUACAGAGAGAAAGAAACAUAAUUAUAACAAAGGCAGAAGAAACUUUAACGUCUAUGAGUGUAGAAAUACAAGAUGCAACGGAAGUAGCUAAAUUACCAAAAAUCUUUCAAAAACUUGAUCUGCCUCCUCUGCCUUGCGCAGAUCCAAACUGGAAGGAGAAAAGUUGUUUAAUAUUCAAUGAACAUAAUCUUUUACAAGAAGGUAUUCCACAAGCUUGUUUAUUAACAAAAACAUUAAAAAUUGAUGAUGAACUUCCAAUAAGAAUAAUAGACUUGGUCACAAACGUCCCAGAACAUGUAGACAAUUUAGUAAAAAGAAUUGUUAACACAUCCACCAUAUAUGAUGCAUACCAGAAAACAUUACCAAAACUGAAAGAUCCUAAUAGACCAAGUUGGGUAUUUCCUAGACAAUAUGGCAUUACAAGCACAAGGAAAAUGCACAAUAUAACAUAUAAGUUUUUACAACUAUGUGAAUCAUUAUGUGGAUUCAACAUUGUCCAAAAUCGAUCAGUGAUACGUGAUUCACCUUUAUCUAUAUGCAUAGAUAAUGGACCAGAUCUUCUAAAGUUUUCCUUUUCAAUGGAUUUAAUAACAUCAUUACUACCUUUAGCACCAAUAGCUGAUGUAAAUACAAAUAAGGAUCAAGAUAUGCCCAAUAUAUAUCCAUUACAUUACACUAUUGGUUUAACAGAAACAAAUUCUUAUGAUACUGUUGAUAUAUGCCCCUUUACCACAAAUUCUAAAAUAAGGAAUAUUCACACAAUUUUUGUAAAUCAUGACCCAGAAAGGGUAAAAAAUAUAACAGAAUUGCCAGUUAUGGAACACCAAAUUCAUGCCCGUUCGUUGCUAGCAUCAUUUACAGCAGCAACAGUUUACGCUCGACAAAGAUUUGGGCUAGAUAUUAAAGAAUUGGCAGAACCUGUUGUUAUACAAUGUAUUCAGUCAGAUGGACAACAUUUUCAUUUUUCUGUGUAUCAACUGAAUACAUUAGAUAUAAAUGGUAUGCAGGGAAUUAAAAAUUUCUGGUGGACAGCACCAACAUUAAAAUUAUAUGAAAACGCUGGAUAUAAAGAUGGAAAACCUUGUUGUGAAGGAUACAACAAUGAAGUAUUUAAGAGAUUUGUUGCUUUCUAUAAAAAUACAUAAAUUAGGAGGAACUUUUAUUAAUAAAUGUUACUAAAAAACUAAUCAAAAUUUUCUUCCUACAAUUAAUUCUAUACCUUGAAGAAACUUAUUAUAUUAUUUUCAAAGUACGAAGUCAUUGUAAAGUUAUUUUAUUCUUUAUUCUUCAUCUUUUGCAUUAUACACACAUUAAGUAAUA